AUGAGAGAAAACAGCCGCCUGUUGCUCGGCCCGCAAACCGUGCCCAAGAGAGCCCUUCAGACACCCUCCCGCGCGUCCCGGGCGCCGGUCCCGCCUGGUCCCGGGGUGCGGGCGUCACUUACGACCUUCAUCCGAGUGCUGUACAACGGCGACAGCCAGUCCAGCCCCAUGGAGGAGAAAAGGGACCUGCCCAAGGUCACACAGUGA